AUGACGUUAGGGUCAACAAAGCUGAGGUAUACAGCCCUGACCGGAUAUUUCCAGCACGAUGCACAGCCCACGGACCGGUCCUUCGAAGCGGUGAGCAUCACGCCGGUCCCAUGCUUGAUUGACCGGGGGUACGAGACUGACAAGUCAUUUGACCCCCUGGGCGAGAAAAGCAGCUGGGAACGGUUCGCCCACUACCUCGACCAUUUGAACGAAGCAGCGGGCGGCAAGGCCGUCUACAAGCUUCUGUACGCCGCUCGCCACGGCCAGGGCUACCACAAUGUCGAGACAGAACAGCCAACAUCCUCUCCCGCGCAGUCGUACUGGGCAAAGCUAGACGGCGACGACAAGAUGACCUGGGCAGACGCCCACCUGACUCACACGGGCAUCGGCCAGGCCAAGGCCAUGAACACUUUCUGGGAAGACGCCGCGGUCACCACAAAGCUGCCUCUCGCGCGCCGACACUACGUCAGCCCCCACGCCCGCUGUCUGGAGACCUGUGAACUAGCUUUCUCAAACCUGACACUACCGCCCGGCGGCGGCGAGGUCCCGGCUUUCAAACCGCUCAUCAAAGAGCUCAUCCGGGAGAGACUGGGCAUCCACACGUGCGACCGCCGGCGCACACGCACCUGGAUCCAAGAGAACCACCCCAUCUUCGCUAUUGAAGAGGGCUUCGUGGAGAAGGAUGAGCUGUGGAAGCCGGAUGUGAGAGAGACGCUGGCAGAGCACGCGGUCCGAGUGAAGGCGUUCUUGGAUGAGGUGUUUGCUAGCGACGACGCGCCUAUUAUUUCGGUCACUGCCCACUCGGGGACUAUUAUGGCGCUGUAUGAGGUCAUUGGACACCCGGCGGUGAGGGUCGCGCCUGGAGCCAUCAUCCCGGUCUUGAUCAAGGCGGAGGUUGUGGAAGGAUAG